AUGAUCACAGUCUGGAUUUCUGUCAGUGCAAUUGUAGUUUUAUUUGCAGGUCUUGAUACUGGUUUAUCUGCAAAGAAUUCUAAACGUUGGCAACGUCCUAUUGAUUGCCAAGAUGUUCUCUGGGCGGGCCAUAAUACGAGCGAUGUCUACAUGAUUUAUCCCAAAGGAACAGGGGGAUUCAAGGUGUACUGUGACAUGACCACGGCUGGGGGUGGAUGGACGGUUCUUCAAAAAAGGAAAAAUGGGAACGUCAACUUUAACAGAUAUUGGAAAGACUAUCAAUAUGGAUUUGGAAUUAUCAGAGGAGAAUACUGGAUUGGAAACCAGAGAAUUCAUCAGCUGACCUCUCAAGGUUGGUAUGAGCUGAGAGUUGACAUGUCAGACUUCAAACCGCAAAGACGAUACGCAUUCUACCGAAUUUUUUCUGUUGGAAAUAAAGCCUCAGGAUACCGAUUAACGGUUGGAGAAUACGAAGGAAACGCAGGCGAUUCAUUAAAAUACCACAAUGGGGGUUCAUUUCACACAAAAGAUCGAGACAUAAAUGGAUGUUCGAAUGCAUAUAAAGGUGGAUGGUGGUAUAAACACUGUCACCAUUCAAAUCUCAAUGGGCUUUACCUGAAAGGCAGUCACUCUUCAUAUGCUGAUGGCGUGAACUGGUAUCAUUGGCAUGAUUUUCAUUACUCGCUUAGAACUACAGAAAUGAAAAUCAGAAGACAAUAGAUAUGAUUUGUUGUAUGAGCUGGUUAUGGUUCCGGAUUUCAUGAAGAAUAUAUGCUUUGCGAAGAAAAGCAAUGUGUCUUUAACAUUAAAAAAACUCAAUGUUUUCUGCUCUCAUACUCAUAGGUUCCAAACAAAGAUUACGUUUUGUCUGUUUUACAUCUUAUAUAUGGCAUUUUUGAUAUAUUUUAGCCAGUUCGGUGUAUUUAAGCAUAUAUAAAAGAUAGAGUUGCACUAAGAGCUGAAAAUGACAAACUACUUUUGGUCUUUUCUGUAUUGUAAUAAAAAAAACAUACGUCUUAAUUUCUUACUUCUCAUAUAUAUCCACAUUUGGAUUUUUCAGGAAAUGCAAAAAAAAAUUCAAAAAAAUUUGCAGGCGUCACGCUGAUCCCUGAUACAUUAUCUACCAAAUUGAAUUACUAGUAUGUGAUUUUGUUUUAACAUAUGCUUAUAAUAAAUUCUAUACUUCAAGUUCUCCUGUACCCAAUAUUGAUAUUCGUUUUUAGAAAUUGAUAGUUAUUUUUCGGAAAAAACAAACGUUACGCAACUUUCAUCAUUGUCAAUAACUUUAGCAAGGGGUGCACAUUGCUCAGAGGUGAUAAAAAAAAACUAGCAUACAGAUUUUUAUAGACAAUUUUUCCAGUGGUCAUGUAUUGUUAGAUUGCAAAUUGAUAGUUUAAAGCUAGUCUUUCCAUGAUUGAGUCCAUUUAGUGCCGAGUAAAGAACUAUUUUAUAGGUUUUGUUCGUUGAGAAUUUCGGUUACGUGACUUUUAAGUACAAAGAUUUAAAUACAUGAUUUAUUUAUAUGGAAUGUAAAUGAGGCUAGAUGGUCAACAAUUAUGCACCAUGUCUGCUUUACAACUUUACACAUACUAUUUUUAGCAAUAUUGUUCAUUUUGGAAAAGAUUAAUUUUAGAAAUGUCAAUUUUACUCGGUUAACUUGGUUGAUUAUCGGAGGGUUUAGUCGAGCGAUAGUCGAAUACUCGAUGAUUUAUUUCAUACUGUGUGUCCUUUUCAAAUCAAAUAAUGCUACUGCCACAUACAUCCUAAUA